GCCAUUUCCCCGCCCCCGAGGCGCGGCGCCCCGCUGCCAUUUCCCUCCCCGCCCCCGCGGCCACUCCCAGCCCUUAUCGCCACGCUCGCCCUCCUGCACCUGUGCUUCCUUCUCCUCAAAUGCCACCUCGGUGCUUCCACGUUGCGAGGGAAUAUAUGAAGGAGGAAGUGGAGGAGUGUGCUGAAGAUGAGGCGACUGAAUCGGAAGAAGACGUUGAAUUUGAUGAAAGAACUGGAUGCCUUCCCAAAGGUUCCUGAAAGCUAUGUGGAGACUUCAGCAAGCGGAGGAACAGUUUCUCUGAUAGCAUUUACAACAAUAGCUUUCCUGACUGUAAUGGAAUUUAUGGUGUAUCGGGACACGUGGAUGAAGUACGAAUAUGAAGUAGACAAGGAUUUUACUAGUAAGCUAAGAAUCAAUAUUGAUAUUACAGUUGCCAUGAGGUGUCAGUAUGUGGGGGCUGAUGUUCUGGACUUAGCAGAAACGAUGGUCGCCUCUGCAGAUGGCCUAAUCUAUGAACCAGUAGUAUUUGAACUCAGCCCACAACAAAAAGAAUGGCAAAGGAUGCUGCAGCUAAUUCAGAGUAGGCUGCAGGAAGAACACUCUCUUCAAGAUGUGAUAUUCAAAAGUGCUUUUAAAAGUGCUUCUACAGCAUUGCCACCACGGGAAGAUAAUUCAUUACAGUCUCCAGAUGCAUGCAGAAUUCAUGGCCAUCUGUAUGUCAAUAAAGUGGCAGGGAAUUUUCACAUAACUGUGGGCAAGGCAAUACCACACCCUCGAGGCCAUGCACACUUGGCAGCCCUUGUAAGCCAUGAGUCCUACAACUUCUCACAUAGAAUAGAUCAUUUGUCAUUUGGAGAGCUUAUUCCAGGAAUUAUCAAUCCCUUGGAUGGAACAGAAAAAAUAGCAUCAGACCACAACCAGAUGUUCCAGUAUUUUAUCACAGUUGUGCCAACCAAACUCCAUACGUAUAAAAUUUCAGCAGAAACUCAUCAAUUUUCAGUGACAGAAAGGGAAAGAGUAAUUAACCAUGCAGCUGGCAGCCACGGGGUGUCAGGAAUAUUCAUGAAAUACGAUAUCAGUUCACUUAUGGUGACAGUGACAGAAGAGCACAUGCCUUUUUGGCAGUUCUUAGUACGUCUCUGUGGCAUUAUUGGGGGAAUUUUUUCAACUACAGGAAUUUUACAUGGUUUUGGAAGAUUUGUAGCAGAAGUUAUUUUUUGCCGGUUCAGACUGGGCUCUUACAGAUCUACAUCGGUCCCACUUCCUGAUGGCCACACAAGCAACCACUUACCUCUAAGUACAGACAAUAACACACAUUAGAGCCUCCUGAGAGAAUUUUCUUUCGUCCUGCCUGACAAAGAAGACGUCUUUUUUAUAAUAAAGAAAACAUUGUGCAAUAUGCAGAGACAGUGCUGAUGGGCAGCGGAAAAAAAAUGAAGCCUCUACAAAAAAAAAAAGCAA